CUCAACAAAAAAAACAAAACAAAAAUUAUCGGCAUAGCUUUGAAAAUCAUCCAGGAAAUUCGAGGCAGAAUUGUGAGCGGAUUUCAAUUGGAUACCAUGCACAUUUGAUUUGCAGGUCCACACUACACAAAUCCUAUGCUGUUUUGGUGGCGUUCGUAGAUCUCGACGCCGAAGCGGCACCAUUUGUUUGGCAGCAUCGUUUUGGUUUCAUGGGUGAGGUUUGAGGUUUGAAUUGCUUUAUUACGAUGGACCAUCUUACUAAUAAUACUGCUGGAAGCAGAGAUUCGGUUUUUGGUCACACCGGCACUGGAAAAUGCGAGCUAUUUUUGCUUUUCCAGGGAGAAACUAAGCUUAAUGAUGGUUUUCGAGGCUUCUUGUAUUUCCUGGCUCUCGCCUACUGUUUUAUUGGGUUGUCAGCUAUAACUGCUCGGUUCUUUCGGUCUAUGGAAAAUGUAGUUAAGCAUACUCGAGCUGUUGAGGAGAUAGACCCCUCUACUAAUACCAAAGUUAUCAGGCAUGAGAAGGUUUGGAAUUAUGCCAUAGCGGACAUUGCUCUGCUGGCAUUUGGGACGAGCUUUCCUCAGAUAUCUUUGGCCACCAUUGAUGCCAUAAGGAAUAUUGGAAACUUAUACGCUGGAGGCUUAGGACCUGGAACACUUGUUGGUUCUGCUGCCUUUGAUUUAUUUCCCAUCCAUGCUGUUUGUGUUGUGGUUCCGAAAGCUGGAGAGCUAAAAAAAAUAGCAGAUAUUGGAGUCUGGCUUGUCGAGCUCUUUUGGUCCUUCUGGGCUUACAUUUGGCUGUAUAUAAUAUUGGAGGUGUGGACACCACAUGUUGUUACUCUCUGGGAAGCUUUAUUGACGGUGCUGCAAUACGGUCUGUUGCUACUACAUGCCUAUGCUCAAGAUAAGCGUUGGCCCUAUGUGUCUCUGCCAAUACCAAGUUGUGAGAGACCUGAUGAUUGGGUACCAGAAGAAACUGUUCCUUGCAAACAUGCGCUAUUGAGUCAUGAUAAUCCUGAAAGCCCUGAAGAUGAACAUGGAAGCACGACUAUUGUUGAUGUUUUCUCCAUUCAUCGUGUUAACACAGGCAAUCCAUAUCGAAACUUGCCUGAUGUUGAUGUUGCAGAAUCCUCAGACCAAUCUGGUGAAGUUACUCCUCACAAGGACAGUUUUCUCUCAAUCUGGAGACAACAGUUUAUUGAUGCAUUUGUGUUGGAGAGUCCAGAAUCGAGAAAAUUGAAUAACAUAUGCCUACGGGGAGCAAAGGUUUUUUGGGAGUUGCUCCUUGCACCGUGGAGGAUUUUAUUUGCUUUUGUGCCUCCUUACCAGAUUACACAUGGAUGGGUUGCUUUCAUUUGCUCUUUGAUUUUCAUCAGUGGGAUAGCCUACAUUGUUACAAAGCUUACAGACAUGAUAAGCUGUGUCACAGGCAUUCAUCCUUAUGUUAUAGCUUUUACCGCAUUAGCUGCUGGAACAUCAUGGCCAGAUUUAGUGGCGAGCAAGAUCGCAGCCGAGAGGCAGAUCACAGCUGACUCUGCCAUAGCUAACAUCACUUGCAGCAAUUCAGUGAAUAUUUACGUAGGGAUUGGGAUGCCAUGGCUAAUUGACACACUUUACAACUACAUUGCAUACAAGGAGCCGUUGAGGAUAGAAGAUUCGGGCGGGCUGAGCUUCCCCUUACUUGUGUUCUUCGCUACGUCUGUCGGAUGCAUUGGUGUUUUGGUAUUCCGGCGUCUUACCUUGGGCGCAGAGUUGGGAGGUCCCAAGCUCUGGGCAUGGGUAACUUCUGUCUAUUUCAUAAUACUAUGGCUUAUUUUUGUUGUACUGUCUUCUUUACGAGUUUCCGGCAUUAUAUAAAUGUAGGUAAGAAGCAUAUAUACACUACAGUUGGGCAAUAGCUCAUUCUAUUAAAAUGCAUAUAGAUUUAUCUGA